AUGGCGCCCGAGUCCCCGAGCCAGGAAAGCGCGGGAAGCCCACUUCAGGACAGCGCGCAGGAUGACACCCUGGCACAGAUCAGGCAAGAACUGGCCAUGAUAUCCGAACAUAUGCUCACCAAAGCUAACACUGGAGGCCUCCUGCAGGAGUUCUGGGCGGCCAUCAAGGAGGAGAUCUCGACCCUGCAUGCUGACCUGUCGGCGGUGGAGGUGAGAGUGGAGUCAAUUGAAACAGAGGCUCAGGCUAGCUGCAUGCCACACCAAGCAGCAGAACUUGCAACUACCCAACAGGGGAACUUGCUGCUCUCCCUAUGGCACCAGGUAGAGGAUCUGGAGAACCAAAAUCAUCGCCAAAAUAUCCGGAUCCGGGGCCUACUGGAACCCGACAUGGCCCCUCUGACUGAGACACUCAGGGCUCUCUUCCAGCAGAUCCUGGGCUGGGAGUGCCCUGAAGAGAUCCAGUUCGACCAGAUACAUUGGGAACUGGAACCGCAGCAGCCAGAUGGUAUGCCUCGUGACAUCCUGUGCUUCCCGCACGCAUACACCAUGAAAGAACGACUGAUGGCGGCUGCACGAGGCUCGGCAAGCAUCACGUUCCAAGGAGUCAAGGUAGCCCUAUACCAGAAUCUGUCGGGCCUAGACGGGCUCUCUGGCCCUUGA